AUGGCUGUCCGAUCAAACCUUGUGUGGCUCACUCUCGCCUUGAGCCUUUUCGACCCUACAUGUAAUGCAGGUCCAGUACGCCAAAGGGAGGCCGUCCCGGAUGGCUUCUACGCGGCUCCUUACUACCCAACGCCUUACGGCGGCUGGGAAGAGUCAUGGAAACAGAGCUAUGCAAAGGCGCAAGCACUGGUGGAUAAAAUGACUCUAGCGGAGAAGACGAACAUCACGGGUGGAAGCGGUAUCUUUAUGGGAAACAGCGGUAGUGCAUACCGAGUUGGCUUUCCUCAGCUUUGUUUGCAGGAUGGUGCUCUCGGUGUGGGCAACACUGAUCAUAACACGGCAUUCCCGGCUGGAAUGACGACGGGAGCGACGUUUGACAAGGACCUUAUCUAUGCUCGUGCUGUGGCUAUGGGUAAGGAGUUCCGCGGCAAAGGGGCCCACGUUUUCCUUGGUCCCUCGGUAGGCCCGUUAGGUCGCAAGCCUCUCGGUGGCCGCAACUGGGAAGGCUUCGGUUCCGAUCCCGUUCUCCAGGGUAUUGCCGGUGCCUUGACUAUCAAGGGCGUCCAGGAGCAGGGUGUUAUUGCUACUAUCAAGCAUUUCAUCGGAAACGAGCAGGAGAUGUAUCGCAUGUACAACCCAUUCCAACCAGGAUACAGUUCGAAUAUUGAUGAUCGUACCCUGCACGAGCUUUACUUAUGGCCAUUUGCCGAUGGUGUCCACGCCGGUGUUGGCUCGGUAAUGACAUCUUACAACGCUGUCAACGGCUCGGCUGCUUCUCAAAACGCCUAUAUGACUAACAACUUACUGAAGGAUGAGCUCGGAUUCCAGGGUUUUGUCCUGUCGGAUUGGCUUUCUCAUCUUUCUGGCGUCGCAUCAGCACUGGCCGGUCUUGACAUGAGCAUGCCUGGAGACACUCAGAUCCCACUGUUUGGUGGUAGCCCUUGGAAGUUCCAUCUUACGGAGGCGGUUCUGAACGGCUCAGUGCCAGUGGACAGGCUGAACGACAUGGCUACCAGAAUCGUGGCCGCUUGGUAUCAGUUCGGCCAGGACAAGGACUUCCCGGCUGUUAACUUCCACUCAUACGUAUCGAGCGAAAAGGGACUUCUUUACCCCGGUGCUGUUCCGGCCUCGCCCAUCGGUAAGGUCAACUGGUUUGUGGACGUUCAAGCGGAUCAUGCCUCCGUCGCACGCCAGGUUGCCCAAGACGCCAUCACUCUUCUGAAGAACGACGAUGAUUUCUUGCCCCUUUCUACCAAGACGCCCCUCAGAGUUUUCGGUUCCGACGCCCGGGUCGAUCCUGCCGGGCCUAACGCUUGCGGAAGCCGUGCGUGCAACAAGGGCACUCUGGGAAUGGGCUGGGGCUCCGGCGUUGCGAAUUACCCUUAUUUCGAUGACCCCAUCACUGCCAUCAAGAAGCGGGUUGAAGAUGUCAAGCUCUACGACAGUGAUAACUUCCCCCUCAUUCUCUCCCCUUCGCCCACUGAUGACGACGUUGCAAUUGUCUUCAUCAACUCCGACGCGGGCGAGAACUCGUUUACCGUUGAAGGCAACCAUGGUGAUCGUGACAACGAUAAGCUCUCCGCUUGGCACAAUGGCGACAAGCUUGUCCAGAAGGCUGCUGAGAAGUACAAGAACGUUGUAGUCGUUGUCCACACCGUCGGUCCCCUCAUCGUGGAGCCCUGGAUUGACCUGCCCUCCGUCAAGUCUGUCCUCUUUGCCCAUCUCCCCGGUCAAGAAGCUGGCGAGUCACUCACCAACGUUCUCUUCGGCGACGUCUCACCAUCCGGUCACCUUCCCUACUCCAUCACUAAGAAGGAAGACGAUCUCCCUGACAGCGUUUCCAAGCUCGUCAAGGAAAUUAUCGGCCAGCCCCAAGACACCUACAGCGAAGGCCUCUAUAUCGACUACCGCUGGCUCAACAAGCAGAAGAUCAAGCCCCGCUACGCCUUCGGCCACGGUCUAAGCUACACCACCUUCAACUACACCGACGCCCACAUCAAGCUCGUCAACGCCCUCUCCUCGGCCUUACCGCCCGCCCGCCAGCCCAAGCCCUCCGUCCCCGUCCUCUCCACGAAGAUCCCCCCCGCCUCCGAAGCCUACGAGCCCGCCGGCUUCACCAAGGUCUGGCGCUACAUAUACUCGUGGCUGUCCAAGUCCGACGCCGACAAGGCCUACGCCGUCGGCAUUUCCGACAAGUCCGGUUCCAAAACCUACCCCUACCCCGCGGGCUACUCGACGGUGCAAAAGCCCGGCGUCCCCGCCGGCGGCGGUCAGGGCGGUAACCCGGCCCUUUUCGACACCAUCCUCGAGCUGGACGUGACUGUGCAAAACACGGGUUCCACGCACAAGGGCAAGGCGUCCGUGCAGGCGUACGUCCAGUUCCCUGCGGGCAGCGGGUACGACACGCCUAUUAUCCAACUGCGCGAUUUCGCCAAGACGAAGGACUUGGCGGCCGGAGAGAGCGAGACGGUUACGUUGAGGCUGAGGAGGAAGGAUUUGAGCGUGUGGGAUACGCUGAAGCAGAAUUGGGUGGCGCCCGGGGCCGAGGGCGAUAAUGGGAAGAGUAAGCGGUAUACGGUGUGGGUGGGCGAAGGGAGUGAUAAGCUUUUUACUAGGUGUUUUAGUGAUACGCUGGUUUGUGAGAGGGGGGUUGAGCCGCCUGUUUAG